AUGUAUCCAAAGAAUAUCUUAAGAUUCGAGAAAAAUAAUCGGGACAAGAAUUUUCCAAGUUAUUUGAAGGAAGUUAAGAAUAUCGAUAAUAAUUACUUGAAACCUGGCAAAAAUUUUCAACGUUCGUUGAAGGAAGCGAGAAACGUCACCGAUCGAGAUGUUGUCAGCAGGAAGAACAGGAAGGACAGGAACAAGAACAGGAAGAAGCAUCUGGGCAAGGAGGGGAGGAGGUUCAAGAGCGAUAAGAGAAACGAGACAUCUUCGCUCGGCGUGUCGAGGAGAAGGGUGCGUGCAAAGAAGAAGUCGAAGAAAAGCGAGAAGAAGGCAGUGGAGGAGGAUGAAUCGAGAAAAGCAUUCCUAGUUUUUGGCCACACGAUCCCCGAAAACUCGACGACAUUGUCGCAAGUUAUUGGUUCAACCACUCCAAAUUCGACGGAGAACAACGAGACAUUUUACGAUACAUUGCAAACUACCGGUUCUGAAGAAGGAAACGAAGAGAGUAGUACUUGGAUAAAUAAUGAAGCGAAUAGAACGAAAAGUGAUGAGACGUUUCACGAUAAAUUGCAAACUAUAAGUUUGAAAGGUGAAGAGACCAAUACUUGGAGAACUACGACGAACGAUAUCACAGUCUCAACAUUUAUGGAGGAAGAUAUCUCGGUUACGACGGAGAUAGAGCGUUCCACGAUGGAAGAAGGUGAAAAGUUGAAAGAUGAAGUCGAGGGGAAAACCACGGAAUCAGGAAUGAAAGAUGUAUCGUCUUUAACGGCCGAUGAAUUCGUUACAACUACGGAAGGAAGUGAAAAAUUAUUGUCGACCAAAAGUGAAGAUCUGGAAGAAGAUAUCGGCACAAAUACAGAAACAGUUACGAAAUGGAUCUUAAGGCGACGAGAUAAUUUCGUCGACUCUUCGGAUGUUUCAAACACGAAUUGGUCCUCCGAGGAAGAUUUGGACAAACAUUUGAGAGCCAUCGCGGAUGAAGAGACGAAUUCUUCCGUUUCGUUCAGAAUCAAGCAUUCUUCCCAGGAAAAAAUGGCCCAGGAAAAAACGACACUUCUAUUAGACGAGACUGCAUCGUUGGACGUGGAAAAUUCUUCUUCCAGAACCACGGAAAACUCAAAUUUGUUUGACGUACUUGCUGACGAUUCGAAUAAGAAUUCUGUAGAAUCGGAUAUUGUCGGUUCGAAGGCAGAGAAACGUUUCACCAAAUAUUUUCGCGAGUACGCCGUGACGCCGUCCAUUUUAAGGAUUUCUACGAGUGCAGAACGAGAAGAGGAGCACGAUCUCACCGAUUUGUAUUUUCAAAGAUACAACGCGACACAGUCGGUUUCAACGAUUUCUACGAUACCGAGCGAGAAUUACGAUUUAUCGGCGAAAGUAGAGACAGAAUUGUUCGAGGCGGGUCGAAACAAUUCCAAAGUUCGCAUAAAUCUGUUGAGCGACUCCAGACUGUCCGCCGAUCUCUCCAUUCCUACGAGCGAAAACUUCAAAGACAAAGUGUACGAUUGCACGUCGAAGUGCGUGAAUUAUUGGAAGAGGUUGUACGAGAUGAAGGAAAAGAAUUAUCAAGAGUUGAUCGAGAAAAUUCUGAAAAACGACGGGAAGAUCGACUCCGGAUUGAUCGAUUUCGAGAAAAGUUCCACGUUUUCCAACCCCGAUUACGACAAUUCCCCCGAUUCCUCUCAAAAUUCGGUUUCAGAAUUCGCGGUAGUGUUUGGUCAUAAUUUCGCGAGGCCUCUUUAUGAAAAUCGUUCGUUACCGACCGAGCCACCGAAUUUGAUAGAGAUUAUCAGCGAGAAGAAUCCGAGCGAGGAGAAAACUCGAGAAGAAAACUCGAGCAAGGAGGGGAAAAGAGGUAACGUUGACCGGACCAACUUUAAUAAUCAUCCCAUUUCCUCCGUGAACGCGACAUUACCGAUGGAGCACACUUUCAAAGAGUUCCAAUCGAGAGAAACGGUGGACCAACGAAGGAAAGAACAAGCUCAACACGGUGAAACGUAUUCCACGAGUUUGUCAGCGAUUAACAAUUCUUCCACGAACGAGGCAAAGUGCAAAAAUGGUAUAAACGAGGAAUCUGGAGAGAAUUGCGAGGAAGAUAGCACGAUGGAAUGGGCAAGGGAUUACAAUUCCAUGGAAGAGACGAUUACCAAAAGAUAUGGCGAUGUGUUCGUCGAUGUGACGAGCACGGAUUGGUGGGAUACCACAGAGGCAUUCAAGUGUGAUCAGGAUCAGUUUCUUUGCGAGGAUGGAACGUGCAUCGAGAGAGAUAAGAUCUGUGACGGUGUGAUGGACUGUGAGGGCAGCACUGACGAGUUCAACUGUGACAAUGGGAACGAUGGAAAUGGGAAUGGAAACGGGAACGGGUCGAACGAGUCUGACGAAGGCCCGACUUGCAUGUCAUGGGAGUUCCUCUGCAACGGGACCUGUAUCGGCAAUCUCUCUCUGCUCUGCAAUAACGAGAUUGAUUGUGACGAUGGAUUUGACGAAGCUGACUGUGAGACGGAAGGUAGAACAGGCUAA